CUCGUCAUGAUUUUUGUCAAUAUGGCGGCCGUCAUGAAGUAGCGUUGGUAUCUAGCUAGAAAGGCGUGAAUUCUCCGCAUCCUAUGCUGUUAAAACUCCUGUGCUCUCUCAUAAGUGUUUAGUAAGGCUCUUAAUAUUUCUAUAUGCAGAGUUUUUAUAUAGAGAUGAAGUCAGCUGUGCAAUUUUUCAUGUUUUGACGCCUGCUGAGUGGGGAUAGGAUCGGUUUCACAGUCUACUCCCGGUCUAAAGAUGGUUGUACAACAGCUUGUAGAUGAGCCUCCAUUGGUACAGGCUUGCUUCCACGGAGACUCGGCAGAAGUUCGUUUGUUAAUCAGCAGAAAGGAGGAAGUGAACUAUCAGGAUAUUGAAAGGAGGACAGCACUUCAUGCUGCCGCACACUGUGGUGAGGGGGAGUGUCUAAGUGUGCUUAUUGCCAAUGGAGCAAGAGUGAAUACAAAGGACAGCAAAUGGUUGACCCCACUCCACAGAGCAUGUGCAUCAGGGAGUUCUGAAUGUGUGAAGCUGCUUAUCAAGCAUUCUGCAGAUGUGAAUGCACGGGACAAGAACUGGCAGACUCCCCUGCAUAUUGCUGCUGCCAACAACCAUGUUAAGUGUGCUGACAACCUUAUUCCCCACCUUGCCAAUGUUAAUGUGACUGAUAGGGCCGGUAGAACAAGCUUGCAUCAUGCUGCCUUCAAUGGACAUGUAGAGAUGUUGAAUGUACUACUUAUCAAGGGAGCACACGUUGGUGCAAUGGACAAGAAAGAUCGCCGACCCAUUCAUUGGGCUGCAUAUAUGGGUCGCACAAGCUGUCUUGAAGUGCUGAUCAAGUCAGGAGCAAGCAUUAAUUGUGCAGAUAAGAAGCAAUAUACCCCGCUACAUGCUGCGGCAGCUGGUGGGCAACUGAACACGUUACGCAAACUCCUUGAAGAAGGUGCUGAUAUUGACGCACAGACAGUGCAAGGUAGCACCCCCCUCCAUGUGGCUUGCCUCAAUGGCCAGGACAUUGUCAUCAGUGAAUUAAUCAGUUUUGGAGCUCAUGUCAAUGCCACCAAUGCCAAGGGAAUGACACCCUUGCACUACACGGCUGCAUCUGGCCAUGGUGAUUUGUGUCUUGAACUUUUACUGAAUGAUGGUGCCAGCCCUAAUUUACAAGACAAAUCUGGUCGGACCCCCCUGCACUUUGCUGCUUUGUACGGGCGAUGCAAUAGAGCUCAAACACUUCUUCAAAAUGGUGCAUAUGUGGACUCUUCAGAUCACCAUGGUAACACACCAUUGCACAUUGCCGCACAGUAUGGACAAGAGUUGUUACUCAGUGUCUUACUAGCCAGUGGAGCAGAUCAUUCAAAAUGCGGAUCAGUGGGAAUGCAACCAUUGCAUCUUGCAUGUUUAGGAGGCUUCACAGAAUGCUGUAAAAAGUUGUUAUUUUAUGGAGUAGAUGUAAAUGCCAAAGACAACAAUGAUAGAACACCUUUACACUGUGCUGCUUGCAGCGGAAAUGUUAAUUGUCUGGAGCUGCUCAUGAGCCAAGCUGGAGACUUUAAUUGUAUAGACAAGUUGGGCAGGAAUCCUUUACAUUACGCAGCUGGUCAUACUAACUUCCGCUGUGUGAUGUCCCUAGUGACAGCUGGCUCAAAUGUUAAUAAGCCUGACACAAAAGCUUGCACUCCGUUACAUUAUGCUGCGGCUUCAGACCUGGAUGCAAAAUGUGUUGAGCACUUACUGCGGAAUCGAGGCAAUGCCAGUAAACGCGACAAGCAAGGCUACAGUGCAGUGCACUAUGCCUCUGCUAAUGGUCAUAAGCUUGCUAUUGAAAUGCUUUUAGAUGUGUCUGCUAAUGAUCUUCUGAAUAGAAGUUCAGGCUCUCCUUGUGUCACCCCCCUUCAUCUAGCUGCAUUUCAUGGACAUAAACCAGCAUUAGAAGUGUUAAUAAAAUCUUUUAAUGACUUAGAAGUAAGGGAUGAUCGGGGAAGAACCCCUCUUGAUCUUGCCUCUUUUCAAGGCCAUGUGGAGUGUGUUGAAUGUUUGUUGAAUCAUAAUGCCAGGGUUGAGGUGUAUGACUUGCACAGUAGGCGGACCCCUCUCCAUGCUGCAGCUUAUAAUGGGCACACAGACUGCCUGAGACUACUAAUCCAGCACCUCGAGUCUGAGAAUGCGAUUGACAGUCGCGAUGUCCAGGACAGGACCCCGCUGAUGGCUGCAAUAGGAAAUGGGUUUGCAGACUGUGCCAGCCUGCUCCUCAGUGAGGGUGCAAAUUGUAUCGCAGUUGAUGUCAAUCACAGAUGUGCCCUCCAUAGAGCGGCUGCUAAUGGACAUGACGAGAGCGUUGAGGCUUUACUUCACAAGGAGGCGGACGUUCUGUGUCGGGAUUGUACUGGCCGCACCCCUAUCCACUUUGCUGCAGCCUGUGGUCACGUCGGUAUCUUAGGGGCACUAGUACAAGUGGCAGGAACCACCUCAGUACUGGACGAUCGUGGUUAUACUCCCUUACACUGGGCCUGCUUUAACGAACACGAUAGCUGCGUGGAUCUUCUUCUUGAAUUAAAUGGAGAAAGCAAACGGGGUUUUGAAGGGAAUUCAUUUUCGCCUCUUCAUUGUGCUGUAAUCAACGAUAAUGAAUCAUGUGCUGAGCUACUUCUUGACACCCUUGGGGACGAGAUCGUUAAUGUCACUGAUAGUAAAGGAAGAACGCCAAUCCACGCGGCCGCAUUCAAUGACCAGGUUGAGUGCCUAACCCUGCUGAUGUCACGUGGUGGUGACGUAGACGUGGUGGACAAGAACGGCAAAACAGCACUCAUGAUUGCCGCAGAGAAUGGGCACUCGGGAGCAGUGGAGGUUCUAGUCUCCGAAGGAGGCGCCAACACAUCGCUUACAGAUCAAGACCAGAAUUUAGCGUUGCACCUUGCCUGUAUGCAGAGUCAUACUUCUUGCACCUUAGCGAUUUUGGACAAAACUCCUGAUUCGGCGAUCAACAUGGCCAACGUAACUUUCAAAACCCCUCUCCACCUAGCGGCCGCUAACGGAAUGGUCCCUGUGGUCCAGGAAUUACUACUCCGAGGCGCUAACGUGAUGGCAGAGGAUGAGGACGGGCACACACCGGCCCUGUCCUGUGCCCCUAACCACCAGGUCGCCGACUGUCUGUCGCUUAUCCUCGCCGCCAUGAUGACCCCAUCCCCGCGGCAGGACGACGAGACUGACUCAUCCAAAAGUCAGCAUGAAAGUACACUUGAGUUUACGCCAGUUCACAAUGCCACCGUCUAAAAUAGCAUCUACAUAAUACAAAUUCCUGUUUGCCGUCCUAUUAAUAGGAGAAUGAAGAAUAAGGAGAAGUUGACCUCGAUUUCCGACCUUUGUCCGGCAUCGCGGCCAACAAAUUAUACAUUUUGAACGGCAUCUUAUUAAUGACUGUUUUUCAUCAGUCAAUACCGUAUACAUUUGUCAUUCCCUGCUAAAAUAACCCUUUGGGUUCAAGUUCAAAGACAUAUAAACUCGAGUGAGCUUUUGCUAGCAUGGAAGACCUGUAAGAAAUAUAUUCCUAUAGCCUAAGGAAUCCAGGCCUUUUUUAAAUUACUCAAAUCUCAAUUGGAUAUCCAUGAAAUGGUCAUUUUGAGUAUGUUAGAAACUAGUAAAUUAUAUGGUGGGUACAUAUCCAAUACCUACCAGUCAAGAUCCAUGAUAUGAUAUGAAGAUCCAUUGAUAUAACCUUUUUUAAAAUUGUGACUUUCUUGAACUCAAAAUCCGUACACUUUUGGGGGGUGUUUUUAAAUGUCGACACUAUUUAUACUUUAUAUAUUUUAGGAAACUGCUCUUUCUUACGUACAACUACAGGCUGCAUUACCCCAGUAGAUUCAUUUUCUGUUGAAUUUCUCGUUUAGUAUAGUGGGUCAUAGAUAACCCGUGUACCAAUGACGCGUAGUCCUUUCGUGCUAACAAUCCACGCCCUUGUCGUGCUAACAAUCCACGCCCUUGUCGUGCUAACAAUCCACGCCCUUGUCGUGCACCUUGUCUUUUACUUGGGUUGGAAAGAUUUUUGUGUGUAGUGAAUGUUUAUUUCUUUAAAUUAUAUAAACAAGAAGCUGGGCAAUAAACGUUCUAUUAAUUUUU